AUGCGAACAAAUUCUUUCGCUGUUGAACACGAGAAUAAACUCAAAGAAGCCUUUUCACUAUUCGAUCGAUUGGGCGGCGGAUUGAUUAGCACGAAAGACUUGGCGUUUGUUAUGCAUUCUAUUGGCUAUCAAACGACGCCAUCGGAAUUGGAAUGUAUGAUUCGUGAAGUCGAUCAAGAUGGUUUGUUAAAUCAAUUCGAUACCGAUGGCAUCUUAACCUUUGUUUUAGGCAAUGGUUUGAUCGAUUUCGAUGAAUUCAAGAUCAUGAUGAAUCGCAAGGGUACCAGCGGACUGGAGACGUUCAAUGAUGACCUGCUCAAUGAAGCAUUUCGUAUAUUUGAUAAAAAUGGAGACGGUUUGAUUAGUGAAAUGGAAAUUCGUUUAGUAAUGAAUGAUCUCGGCGAGAAAAUAACGGAUGACGAACUCAAUGACAUGAUACGUGAAGCGGAUUUAGAUGGAAAUCGACAAGUAGACUAUGCCGAAUUUUCUGCUCUUGUUCGACGCCUCCUUCAUCUACAAACUCAUUCAACGACAACUACCAGUACUGGGCCGUACGAAGGCCGAGGUAUUAUUCCGUAUAUUGACGAAGAUACUGAUGAAGAAGUCCUCGUUCAUCAUAGUAAUAGUCAUGCCCAACGACAAACAUAUGCCGAACACGAUGUAUAA